UCGCCUAGCGGGGGCGGCGGCUGCCGGGUCACCAUGAUACAGUUCAUACUGCUCUUCAGCCGGCAAGGGAAAUUACGCCUGCAAAAGUGGUACACAACCCUCCCUGACAAAGAAAAGAAGAGGAUCACCCGGGAGAUUGUUUCGAUUAUUCUCUCUCGUGGUCACAGGACAAGCAGCUUUGUUGACUGGAAGGAGCUAAAACUUGUUUAUAAAAGGUAUGCUAGUUUAUAUUUUUGCUGUGCAGUAGAAAAUCAGGACAAUGAGCUCUUGACACUAGAGAUUGUACAUCGUUACGUGGAGUUGCUGGACAAAUACUUUGGAAAUGUCUGUGAACUGGAUAUUAUCUUUAAUUUUGAAAAGGCUUACUUCAUCCUUGACGAGUUUAUCAUAGGUGGAGAAAUUCAGGAAACAUCCAAGAGGACUGCUGUGAAAGCCAUCGAAGACUCAGACAUGUUACAGGAGACAAUGGAAGAAUACAUGAACAAGCCUACCUUUUAACGAUGCAUCUACUUGAAGACUCCAAGAGCUACUUAUUGUAAACCUGUAAAUAACCCAUACUUUGCAUUCAUUUUUUUUUGAUAGAGCCUGUGGCACCAUGCCAAAAUUGACUUAAAGGGAUUCCUUAUUAACUAACAAAAAUUAAAGUUGUUUAACAUAUUUAUAAUUACUGUAGGUCUGUAUUAU